CAGCCCAGCACAGGUGCGGUGCUGCAGCACGCAUGCAUCUGUCCACAGACACUCCAUGCACGUGUGCACUGCUGUGUGUGUGCUGCAGGGCAGGACGGGCUCACCUGCAGGUGUGCCCUGUGUGUGCUGCAGGCGUGUGGGGGCACACAUGCAUGGGGGUGUGCCCGCGCUGCACACAGCUGCAAAACUCACUCAAAACCUUGCUCAGGGAAGGUUUUCCUGUGAUGUUUGUGCUCCACUCCCCAGGGAAGCAUCACCGGAGCUGGGGGAAUGAGCUGGGGUACCAACCCCUGUACUGGGCUGCUCCUGGCUUACUACUGAGUUACUGUUUGCUUCCUCUGAGGCUACUGCUAGGAUGCUACUGGGAUAUUCUCAGUGAUCUCCUGAGGGAGUAGUGAAAUACCGUCAAGACACAGCUGAGAUGCUCUCAGGAUACUACUGAGAUGCUAUGAGUUUACUAGAAUGUGUACAGAGAGCAGUAAGGCACUUCCAGAGUGGCACUAAGCUACUCUUAGGAUACUAUGUAGAUGCUACUGGGGUGCUGCAAGAGCUCCACUAAGGUACUAUCAGGCUAAGAUAUUUCCAGAGCUGAUAUUGGGGUACUCAUAUGAAGGUGUCACUGGAGCAGCUCACACAAGGUUCCUCUCAGGAUAUGUUCAGGUUGCUUUCAGUGUAGUUACAUGGUAGUAAGAACUCACCAACACACUCUGAGGGUAACAGCUGUACCCCAUUACACCACCAUUAGGAUCCUACCAGGAUACUCACUAUCUACUACUGUGAUACUAUCAGGGUACCAGGAUGCUGUUGGGAUGCUCCAGACAUAGAAUCAGGAUAUUCCUUCCUCUGCUAGUACAGCACCAACUGUACAACACUCAAUGCUGAGCUGCUACUAGGAUACUCUCAGUGUAGCACAAAGGUACUAUCAGGAUGCUGCUGAGUAUUAUCAGGGUAACAUUCUGGAUACUCCAGAGUAUCACAUUGCUAAUGAGGCACUACUAAGAUACUACAGGGUCAUUACUAGGACACAACAGUACUGAUACUACUGAUAGUACCAGGAUGUUAGCACAAAGUUACCGAGGUGCAGGAGCCAGUUUCCAGUAGGAUGCUCUCAGGAUAAAAGUGCAUUUUUAUCCUAAAGUAUCUGUAGGAUACUUCCAAGAUGCUACAAGGACACUAGAAAAGAUGCUGGUACGAUACACCAGGGCAACAUUCCCAUUUUUGGGACUCUGUCAGCACAUUACUGAUCCAUUCAGGCCACUUGCUUAGUGGUGAUAUCAUACAAGGAUACAACUGAGAUGCUACCACUUCAGGGAAGCAGCUAGUGCUAUGACAUUUUUUACAAUACUAUCAGGGUAGCACUAAGCUGCUUGGAGCACUACCAGCACUUUGUUACAACUAGGAAAUUGCUAUCAGAAUAGUGCCACAAUAUCAGAAUAUUUCUUCUGAAGGGAGUACAUCUUGUUGGGAUACUGCCAGGAUACUCCAGAGAUCCUGGUGGUUGUGUAACAGCCCUGGCAGUGGGGUUUCAGUGAGCGCAGCAGCAGCCAAGGGAACGGGGAGCUGGGUGUUGUAAGCUGUUAGUAGCCUGGUGCCUCACGGGCACGCUGUCCCUGCAGCUAAGGCAGCACAUCGGUGUUGAGGAGGAUGGAGGCGCCCCUGGUCAGUCUGGAGGAGGAGUUUGAGGAGGGGUCCGGGGACGAUGGGGGGUCCCUGCAGCGUGCUGCGGACCCGGCGCUGGCCGAGCUGGAGAGCUUCUCGGCCGAGAUGAUGAGCUUCAAGUCGAUGGAGGACCUGGUGCAGGAGUUUGACGAGAAGCUCACCGUGUGCUUCCGCAACUACGACGCCGCCACCGAGGGCCUGGCCCCCGUGCGGGGGCGGCUCCAGGCGCAGGAGGAGGAGGAGCGCCUGCAGGAUGAGGAGGUCUGGGAUGCUCUGACCGAUGGCUUUGCCCCCCGGAGCUCCCCCCGGCCGUGGCAGCUCCCUGGGACCGAGGCCCUUGAUGGCACCGACCCCCAGCUCGGCGGGAAGGAGGAGGAGGAGGAAGAGGAGGAGGAGCUCACUGAGAGGAGUGAGCAGGACUCUGGGAUCAACGAGGAGCCGCUGCUGACAGCUGAGCAGGUCAUCGAGGAGCUGGAGGAGCUCAUGCAGAGUUCACCUGACCCCGAGGCUGACCCCGAGGGUGAGGAGGAAGACGAGGAGGAGGAGGAUGAGGAUGAGGAGGAAGAAAGCAAGGCUGAUGCUGAAGGCAAAGGUGGUGGCGGGGGCACGGAGCCCAUCGUGCUGCGGGAGCUGCAUGCUUUCUCCCCUGUCUUCAACAACAACUGCUCCCACGAAGGCCUGGGGCAGCUGUCGGCGCGGGAGCUGCUGGCGGCCGCGGGCCGGGCGGAGGCGGCGAGCCGGGCGCUGUCGGCGGAGCUGGUGGCGCAGCUGGCACGGAGGGACGAGCUGCAGGGAAUGGAAAGGACACAGCACAGGAGGUCAUGGAGCAAUGUGGGACAGGGGAGCUUGGAGCAGGGGGACAAAGAGAUGUGGGAUGUGGGUAUGGAGCAGGUGAUGGCAUCUGGGCAAGGUGUGGAUGUGGGAGUCAGGGAGUUGAGGGGGAUGCUGGUGCCGCUGUCCCCAGGAGGUGACAGUGUGACAUUGUCCCCCCAGCGCUUCAGCAUGGAGGGCAUCUCCAGCAUCCUGCACUCCGGCCUGCGCCAGACUUUUGGUCCUACCACCAACGAGAAACAGUACCUGAACACGGUGAUUCCCUAUGAGAAGAAGGGCUCACCACCCUCUGUUGAGGACCUGCAGAUGCUCACCAACAUCCUGUUUGCCAUGAAGGAGGGGAAUGAGAAGGUGCCCACUCUGCUCACGGAUUACAUCCUCAAAGUGCUCUGCCCGACCUGACGCGGUGCUGCCCCCACACUCCCACCCCGGCGCCUCCAAAACAGGGCCAAACCCAAGGAAAAAGGGUCACCCACCUGUGGCUGCCCCACCCUGCACUUCCCCCUUUGCACAGCUGGGAAUAAAGAAUUCCUUACAUUAAUUAAG